AUGUAUAAGCAAAAUUUUAACUUUGUUCUUGAACCUGUUACAUUAAAUGGCAAGAGAAUUCGCCUUGAACCAUUGGUCCCUUCCAUCCAUGCAGAGGAACUAUUUGAGGCUUCACACGCAACCCUUGAAACAAGGAACGUUUUUGAAUAUCUUCCAUAUGGUCCAUCUAAUAAUUUUAAAGAUUUUAUGAAACUUUUAAAUGAUAUCAACCAAGAUAAGCAUACACUUUUAUUUUGCAUCAUUGAUGUUGCUUCAGAUAAGAAGAUUGGAGUUGUUGGAUACUUGGAUACGCAACCAACCCAUAAAAAAGUUGAAAUCGGACACAUAUGGAUUACGCCAUCAUUUCAACGCACUUACGCCAAUACCGAAACCAACUUUCUUUUAUUGCAGUAUGCUUUCGAAUCACUUCAAUAUAUUAGAGUUACGUGGAAAUGUGAUGCCAGGAAUGUCAAUUCACGUAAAGCCGCCGAAAGGUUAGGGUUUAGGUAUGAGGGUACAUUGAGAAAUCAUUUGUUGAUUAGGAAAAUCGUUAAUGGGAUUGAAAUCGUACAUAAACGUGACUCGGAUUAUUUGUCAAUUAUUGAUAGCGAAUGGAAUGGUGUAAUGGAAGAUUUGUUAAAUAAAUUAAAAUGA